GGGGGGGGGUUUCCUUUUGUUAUUUGUGAAUGAAUGAAUAAUAUAAUCGAUUUUAUAUUCGGUUCUACGUUUUCAUGGCUGUUGGCAUUAUGUUUCUUUUGGGGAUUUGGAUUUGUUUCUUUUCGUUCUCAGUUGCUUGCAAAUAUGGGUGAACUGUCCGAUCUGGGUAUUCACCUAGAUUUCUCUCUACUCGGGGGCCAAAUCUGGGGAUAUCCUAUUAUGCUAUGCUAUGCUAUGCUUCGGACUUGGGUGUAUUUAGAGGACAGGAGUGGACCGGUGAUAUUUUUUAUUUUUACUAUGUACUUUAGGGCGAAUGACUAGUACUCCAACUAAAGAUGGAAG